GAGGGAACAGACAUGAAGUGGUCUUUGGUGGUCGUCCUGCUGUCGCUGUUGACGGUAGCCAACUGCAACCCAUUUAUCAUCGCUUCUGCGAUAGGAAACGUGAUCGGGGCCAUAAUCAAGAUUAUCGAGCACUCAGAGCAGAGAUCUGUCAUCGUCGAGAAUCACGGACGUCACCAUGCCCACCUGUGGUGCGCCUCUAAAGACGACAGAAUCGGUGGCGCCGAUGGUAUUUGGGUAGCACCGGGAGCGUCUUUGGGAUGGACUUUCCACAGAAAGUCGGGCACCCAGUUCUGGUGCACAAUGGACUGGUGGGGUCAACGCGUCGGCUGGGACGUCUAUGUUCACAAUUGGAACGAUGCACCGAAGAUCACCAAAUGGCACAUUCGUGACGACGGCGUCUACGAUGAAUGGCGCGGACGCAAAUGGCGAGACCUGAACUCGUAACUUCUCAGCUCAUUGAUAUUACCGGCGCAAUCCGAUCCAGACGAAGCGGAAUGCAAGGGGUCUCUGAUACGCCGUUCCUUGGGACACUGCCGCCUGAGAGUCGGACAGUGGGAUCUUAGCUUAUCCUGUCUCAGAGAGACCAUUUUUACAUCCGUCCACAAUAAGCAUGAUUUGGAUCGAAAAGCGAUGGGACACUUCUGACACAUUCCUUGUGAAAGGCGGUGCCGAAAAGUUGAUAUGAGCCCAUUUAAGAAUAAAUAAUCG